ACAGCAGCAUCUAUUUUGCCUGGACCCUCGCUCGCUCACUCGCCUCUCUCCGCGCCUGGGGUUUGUGCCACUGCGGUUUGGACCCAGAGAGAGAGAGCGAGACAGAGAGAUCCACCGGGGAGAAUUAAAGAGGCAGCGCGCCAGCGUUGAUUUCCCCCCUUUUUCCCCUAGUGGGGAGGGGGAAGGACUUUAAGUUUGCUAGAAACCCAGGAAGAGGACUGUUUCCCCUCCUCUCCCCCUUCGCCUUCCUGCCUUCCUCCUCUUUCCUCUUCCCUCUUCCUCCCCCUCCCUCCCCCCGAAGGCAACCACCGGACCCCCCACCAUCCCCAAGAUGCUGUCUCCGGCUUGCAACGUCUUAAUCCUCCUGGGGUCUUUCCUGAUCGCCGCCAGCCAAGGGAACCUGUCUCAUGAUCGGAGCCAGCCGACGACGUCAGAUGAAAUCGUGGUUGCAGGCUCCAAAGUGCUCCUCCAGUGUGAAGUGGAAGACCCUGAUGACUCCUCCCUACAGUGGUCGAAUCCUGCUCAACAGACGCUCUACUUUGGGGAGAAACGAGCGCUGAGAGAUCUCCGCAUCCAGCUGGAGAGGUCUACGCCGAACGAGCUGACCAUCAGUAUCGACAAUGCGACUCUGGCAGACGAGGGCGAGUACACCUGCUCCAUUUUCACCAUGCCUGUGCGGACCGCCAAGGCCAUCGUCACUGUGCUGGGAAUCCCACAAAAACCCCAGAUCUCUGGCUACUCAGAUCCUCUGAAAGAAGGAGACGUGGCCCAGCUGAUGUGCUUCUCUUCCGGCAGCAAGCCGGCUGCUGAGCUCCGGUGGCAUAAGGGGGACAAGCUGCUGUCAGCUGAACCUCCGGAAGUGGAAGAAGAUGCUAACGGGAAGACGUUCACAGUCACCAGCCGCGUAGAAUUCACCGUUGGGAAAGAGGACAAUGGUGUGGAGGUCACCUGCACAGUUGACCAUGAGUCCCUGCAGAACUCUGACAAAUCCACCUCCCAGAAGCUAGCAGUCUUUUACAACGUCCUUGUCUUCGACAGUUUGAACAAAAGCGACAGCGGGACCUACAUCUGCUAUGCCUCAAGCAUUAUGGGUAUCUCCACGGCAAUAUACAACCUGAAUGUUCACGAUGCAAGCCCAAUGACCCACAGUGGGAGCACAUACCACGCCAUCAUUGGGGGAAUAGUGGCUGUCAUUGUCUUCCUGCUCCUUAUUCUCCUCAUCGUUCUGGGACACUACCUGAUCCGGCACAAAGGUACCUAUCUGACCCACGAGGCCAAAGGCUCGGACGACGCCCCAGACGCAGACACAGCCAUUAUCAACGCCGAGGGCGGUCAAACUGGUGGGGAUGACAAGAAGGAGUAUUUCAUCUGAGUGGGGAGGGUGGGGCCUGGCGGCCGGGCAGCAGGGGGGAGGAGGAGGAGGAGGAGGAAGUGGCGGAUCGGAACCCAACCUCGACUGAAUGACAACAGAACCCACCCAACCAAUAUGUCAAAGGAAUUUCUCUCGCGCCCAGGAAGGAAUGGACGGACAGACAGAGGGAUGGUGGUGGGGGACCGAGAUCGGCGAUGGGACAGAGGAGGAACGAGAGAGAGAAAGAAGAUCAGCUUGGCUCACAAUGCUUCUUUGAACUUGUAUAAAACAUUGUUACUAAACGGGGGGGGACACGCACCCGAACAUUGAGAACCCCUCAAAACCCCUUGUUCCUGCUUGCUUGUACCUACAUAUCCGCGGCUGCCAAAAUCGCACUAAACACAGACCUGGAGAGUGAGUGAUGAUACCUUUCUUUCUUCCUUCCUCCCUUCCCUCCCUUCUUCGUUCCUUCCUUCUUUCCUUCUUUCCCUCCCUUCUUCCUUCCUUACUUCCGGCUCCUUUUGAGGCUGUUUUAUCUUCUUUUUCGAUGGCGUACUCUUGUUUUUGACUCUUUUUUUCUUUUUUUUUUACAAAAAAAGAGAAAAACCUCUGUUCUCGUUCCCUUAUGUUUGGAAUGUCUUGAAGUGGGGGCACUGUAGGGGUUUGUUGGGGGGGGUUCGGAUGGUGUAUCUCUUGCUUUCCUUUAGAGUUGUUCUGCUUUUUCUGUUUUGACAUCGAAGGAUCAAAUCCGCUUGUGUUUGGGGUGGGGAGAACUGAAGCCGUGGGGGCAUUGGAAAGGAUAUCCCUUAAUCUUGCAUCUUAGGGGUCAAGCAAGGCGGGCUGAACUCUGAGCAAGGGAGUGCUGGGCUUAUCAAAAUUGGGGCGCUGGCUCUAGGGCCUUGAAAGCCCCCCAAGCAAAGCCCCCGCUUUCCUACUGGAAGAGGAGGGGGGGACACAGCAAAGGGAAUUUCCCUCCAUGCCGCCUCCAACUUCCUCAGGCCUUCCUCUGUGAUGGUCUUCUUUCAGGAAGGUUUUGGGAGCCGGGCUGAUGAAGGACAGGCUCAAAUUUGGGGGGACAGGUUCGCUAUGAAAAGCUCUGCCGAUUUUAUCCUUCGACGAGAUUUUGUUCCUCCGGUUGCGUCUCUUUGUUUCGAGAGGAGAAUGUCGUUGUGUGGUCCGUGUACCAAGGGAUGCCAGCUAGCUGGUUGCAGUCCCGACCCAAACCCAUGGCAAAAAACAGAAGAAAGGGGGAGUUUGCUUUGAGACUCCCCUGGUGUCCUUUCUGCUUCCCAGUCACAGGGGGGCGGGUUCGAGAGCCAGAUGCCUCUAAGGGGGGGCCGCUCAAAGAGAAAAGACUCCCAUCGCUGGGGUUUUCUCUUGAUUCGGAGCCCCAGUUUCUCAGUGCAAAAGGGUACCCGCUACCCUCCUGUGUCUUCCUUGGGUUAGAGAGGAAGCAAGGCAUUCCAGGGGGGUGCCCCAUAGCUCAAGGGCAGCUCCCAAUGCCAUCAACCCAUUGGUGGGGAGAGUUGAAUGAGCAAGAUUUAUUAAGUGAUGCAAUUACAGUUCCCCAAUCUCCAGGGGAGCAUCAGCUGUGGAUAUUUCAACGUGCACACAAAUACACGCCCUGCCAAAUGAAUUCAAGCCUGGAUCCAACACUGCAAUCGGAAACAGUGUUUCUUCCUCACAGGCAUACAUCUGAAAGUUGCACUCAUUGCAAAUGAUUCAGAUGCCCUGUUCACCACCGCCACAGAGAGAUAAACUAAUGCCUUUCCACUAUCAAUAAAAACUGGGGGGGGGGUCCCACCACUGUCCCCAACCCACCCCCCAAAUCAUGGAAUCUUGCUUUGUGAUCUCUAAAAGAACAACCGCCUCUGGUUCUUCCUUCCACUUUGCCUUCUGUCACAAAAGCCUCUCCUCCCUCCCAACUCACACACACACAGAGACACGAUUGCCACACACAACUACUGCCAUGGUUUUUUGAGAUUUCCUCAGAAACCUCAGGGAGGGCCAGAAAUUUGAUGGAUUGUAAAAUGAAACAAAAGCAGGCUUUGAGGGGAGGGCAGUUGUUCUUGCCAUGAAAAUGGUAGGCCUUUCGAGUUUUAAGGUGCCUGCUUUUUUCUUUUUUCUUCUUUUGAAAUAGUGUAGCGGCUGAACACUUAACACAACAAUGGGCAUAGAUAGGUGAAAUCUUUUGCCCUAGCUCUGUGAGUUCACAUCUGUCUAUUUUUCAAAGUAUUUAGUGCAAUGAACAUGCAUGCAGAGGGCAUGUCCCAGCGAUGGCUUCUUUUGCUGCUUGUUUUGUAGUUCUGUGACGUUCACACAGCACAUCUCAAACACAGAGCCAAACGCCGCUUUCCAGCUUGCAAUGUCGUGUCUUGAAGAUACUGUGUUGCUCCAGGUUUCACCUAAGAUAGGCUAAGUGGCUGGUGAUUGUCCUUGGCAACUGGGCAGGCUGGAGAAAGGGGCUUCUGAGCAUGUGCAGAGAACUUUCUGUUGUCAGAGUCGUUGCAGACAUUCCUGGGAACUGCAACUCUUCCGGUGGAGCGAGCAUAUGAGUUAGCUUGGCAAUAUUGACUGGCAACAUACUCAGGACAAACCAAAUGCAGCGGAACUUCUGGCAUGGUGUAGCGAUGAUGGCAGUGAAAGAGGGGAUUAGAAAAAAAAAUCAAGGAGGAUAAAAACAAGCAAUGGGUACCAGUCCUGAUGACUAUAGGCUACUCCUAGGAUCGGAGUCAGUGUUGGUUGGGAGCAGCAGCAAGAGAGAGCUGUUGACCUCAUGACCCACUUUUGGCCAUCCUAAGACACCUGGUUGGCCACUGUAGGGACAGAUUUCUGGACUAGAUGCACACCUGGCCUGACUCAAGAGGGCUCCUCUUUUGUUCUUACUGGCCACAGAGGUUAGGAAUGGAUCCUUCAUCUUUGGAUGCAGGCUACCUCUAAAUAUCCAUUUGCUGGGGAUCUGUGGCAAAUGAGGGUUGCUGCCUUCAAGCCCUGGUGGUUGAUGGUGGGCUUCUCAGACUGAGGCACCUGAUUGGCCACUGCGGCAAACAGGAAACAGAAACUAGAGGAUGCUGGAGCUGAUGGACCCAGUGGUCAGUUUGAGGAGAGUUCUGUUGUCAGGUGUAAAGAGGUCAGCAGGUUGGCCCAGAUCCUGCUCUGGCUGAGGGUCCCUUGAAGUCAGAACUAGCAUCUCAGGCAGUUUGGUCUUGGGCAGCAAUGGGAUCCUUUCACCCUAUGGGCCUAUUUAUUAUUAUUAUUAUUAUUAUUAUUAUUAUUAUUAUUAUUAUUAAAGGUUUUCUUGAUUUACAGAAAUAUAUGCAAUGUCUCUCAUAACAUUUUUACUAAUCAGUUUCAUUUGUUGAGACAUUGGGAAGAAAGAGGGGGGUAGAAGUAGAUGGGGGGAGGGGAGAACGGGCCUAUUUGAGUUUGCAAGCAUUCUUCAUUUUGCCUGCAAGGCUGUUCUGACCAGACUAAGCCUACCCAUCCUCAUAGCUGUCAAGUUUUGCCUUUUCUCGCGAGGAAGCCUAUUCAGCAUAAGGGAAUUUCCCUUUUAAAAAAAUGAGAACUUGACAGCUAUGCCCAUCCUACACCUGAUGUCAGGUUUUGGACAGGUAAAGAUGGGCCUGGUCCAAGAAGGAGGCGGGGAAUUUAUGCUAUGGGCUGUGUUUUGAAAACCCUGGCAACCAGCUGAUCACCGGGGCUUCAAAGCACCCUGGUCACCAGUGCUUGCAGCGAGAGCUGUGUGCGAUCCUCUGACGUUGCCAGCGAUCAGCUGGUUGCAUUUGCGCUUACAUGGUUUGAUUUCAAAACCCUGCAGACAGAAAUGGGUCUCACCUGUGAUGUCAGGUGUGGUAAACUUGGCCUGUGGCAGGGAAGGUAGGUAAAGAGCUGGAUCCAGUUCCCUACUCCGCUGUUGUAGGAGAACCUUCUUAAGUGCCUAUGGAAAGUGGGGCUCAGGGAGAAGGAAGGCAGGAGGGUGGAAGGCUAAGCAAACUUUAUCAGCUGAUUGUUGCAGGCUUAAAGAAAACCACACAUUGCUCUGCAAGCGCUGGUGGGUGCUUUGAAGCACCGGCAAUCAGCUGAUCAUCAGGACUUCAAAGCACAGUCCACAGCACAACCUCCCCCCACCUUUUAUGGACCACGUCCACCUUCACCUGUUCAAAAGCUGACAUCAGGUGGGAACUUCCCAGGGUUCCUGCGGUGAAUCAUAGAAUCACAGGCCUGUAGAGUUGGAAGGGUCACCCAGUUCAACCUCCUGCAAGUGCAUUACUUUGAAAUGGUGAGAAUCUUGCUCCUGCCUCGGCCAGUCUCUGAACUGAUUGGAAAUUUGAUGGAAGUGUUGGCUCUUUGAUUUGAUCAAGCAAAUGACUGAUACCUCCCUACCUCCGCUCCGACGGACCCCAGCCAUGGACGGAUCCCUGCAGAUGUUGUUGGACUCCCAGUUCCCAUCAGCCCCAGCCAGCAGGGAAUGAUGGGAGCAGGAGUUCAACAACAUCCAGAGAGCCAUAGUGCGCUGUGGGAUCUCCCCUGCUCCCUUCUUUCGCCUGGUGACUGAACAGAUUAUCAGCACCUCUGCAGAUGGAAUCAAGGCUGUAUCAAUGUCAGUCAGUGGCCUCCAGCAAGCCCACAAGACAGCAGACUCCCCUCCGUUGUUCCCUCUCUUCCCCUAAUCUGCUCUUUAGAGCUAGACUGCCCCUGGACAUGGAGGUUCUAACACAAGGUCUGCCUUUCUAUAACUGCUGGGCAUCUUGAGUUCUCAGCACGGGGUGGGAUCUAUUUAUUCAUUCAUUUAUUUAUUUGGGGUUGCAGCCGAUGUUUGUCCUACUCAGAGGAGACCCAUGGAAAUUAAUGGACACGGCUAACUUAAGCCCAUCAAUUUCAAACGGGUCUAUGCUAGACAAUAUUUAGUUGGAUAUCACCCUGUAGAUCAUGGAUUAGGUUGGAUUCCCAUGUGGUUGAUCCAUGUGAGAAGAUUUGUCCGGCUGGGGGAAAUCUGCCUUGUGCACGUGAGAAGGAGAACAGAGUAACUAACCUGACCAAGUCAGCCCAUUGAUGCAUCUAACCAGGGCCGUCUCAAGCCGGUCAGGCGCCCUGGCGCGGAGAUCACUCCGGCGCCCCCGUCCUGGUGGGCGGGCGCAGCACGCAGCGCCCUCCUACCGGCCCCGCGCCCUGGCACCCCGCGCCACCGAGACUACCCCUAGAGCCGGGUCUGCAUCUAACUCAGUGCUGUCUAUACUGACUAGCAGCAGCAGCAGCAGCUAGCUCUCUGGGAUUAAAGAUAGGUAUGUCUCUCCCAGCCCAGCCUGGAGAUUGAACUGGGGACAUUGUGAUUGCAAAGCAAAUGCUCUGCCCCUGAGUUGCGGCCAUUUUCCAAAUAAGAUUCUAGUCCUCGCGUUUCCAGAGAAAGGACUGUAUUAAAUAGAAACAUGGGAAGCUGCCUUAUACUGGCUUCAUCAAGCUCAGUAUUGCCUACACCAGGGGUCAGCAAACUUUUUCAGCAGGGGGCCGGUUCACUGUCCCUCAGACCUUGUGGGGGCCCAGACUAUAUUUUUUGGGGGGAGAGAAUGAAUUCCUAUGCCCCACAAAUAACCCAGAGAUGCAUUUAAAAUAAAAGGACACAUUCUAUUCAUGUAAAAACACCAGGCAGGCCCCACAAAUAACCCAGAGAUGCAUUUUAAAUAAAAGGACACAUUCUACUCAUGUAAAAACAUGCUGAUUCCCGGAUCGUCCGUGGGCCGGAUUGAGAAGGCGAUUGGGCCGCAUCUGGCCCCCAGGCCCUAGUUUGGGGACCCCUGGCCUACACAGACUGGCAGGGUUUCAGAGGGGAUAUUCUGAGCCCCACCUGGAGAUGCUGUGGGUGUUUGAGCCUGGGGCAAGGCAUGUGCUGUAGCAAUGAGCUGUGAUGGAGAGAAAGAGAGAGAGAAGGAAUUUUAUCUCUCUGUGUGUAAGAGAGAGAGAGAGAGAGAGAGAGAGAGAGAGAGAGAGAUGGGGCUCUUACUGCACUAAUUAAAGGUGAUAUCUUCAGCUCAGCAGGGUUAACAACAGUUUUAAAGCCCGUGUUGUCUCUUCCAGCACGAAACAAUUACUUGUCGUUUGAAGCUUUGCCUGCCAACAUGCAUGUUGACAAAACCUUUAGCAUUUUUUCCCUUUUAACCUGCCACUUGGCAAGCAGUCACCUCCUUUGAACUGACAACAGAGUCAUGCCUUCACGUUUAACCCUCCAAUGUUCUUUUCUGUCCCCUUCCAAUUCCCCUGGGUGACUAAGCUGCCUCGAUUUCUGUCCUCCUGCCAGGCAAACUGGAAUAUUAUUUCAACAAAGCCUCGGUGACUCGACAGCCCCUCGUGCACCAUUUAUAAUGGGAUGCAUGGACACCGUGUCUAUUAGUUUCCAUGGGUCUACUCUGAGUAAGAUUGGAGGCACCCUGUUGUUGCUGCUGCUUUAUAAUGCAACAGCAUUUGUCAAGCUGGUGCCCUGCAGAUGUUUUGAACUGGGGCUGAUGGGAGUUGUAGUUGAAAGUAUCUGGAGAGCACCAGCUUGGCAAAGCUUGUUUUGAUAAGACCGACCUGCCAAGGGAGGUUUGUCUCAGGCAGGUCUUUGUAACAGGUGGCAAAAGACUGUUCCCAAAAUGAACAGAAAUAUUUUUGUUAGGAGCGUUCAAAUGAAAAGUGUGCUGUCUAAACUUUUAAAACACACAGGUGCCUUGUGUUUCUUUUAAAUAGAAAACAUUGGAAUGAGCCAAUGAAAAGAAACCGGGCAGGUAACUCCUGUUGUAUAAACCUUUCUAUAACUGCACUCAUAUGAACUAGUACUAAGGUUAUUUCAGAUUUGUAAAUAUAUAGCUUCUGGGGAACUGUGAUGCUGUGGAAUUCAUUUGUCCUGCCCUGCAAGAAACAAAGGUUCUAAUCCAUGCAGCAGCUACAGGAGUGAACUGAAAUACAAAACUGACAUGUGAUCAUAGCACAGAGUCAUAUAAUUGUAGAGUUGGAAGGGACCAACCCCGUUCAAUGAAGGAAUCGCAGCUAAAGGACCCCUGACAGCCAACCUCUGUUUAUAAACCUCCCAUGAGAGAGAGUCCGCCACCUUCCGAGGGAGUCUCUUCCACUGUCAAACAGCUCUUACCUUCAGAAAGUUCUUCCUGAUGUUUCGUUGGAAUCUCCUUUCUUGCCAUUUGAAUCCAUUGGUUUUAGUCCUAAUACCCUCUGGAAGAGCAGAAAACAAGCUUGCUCCAUCUUCCAUUUGACAGCCCUUCAGAUAUCGUAUCACCUAUCGUAUCAGUCUUCUCCAGGCUAAACAUUGCCCAACUCCCUCAACCAUUCCUCAUAAGGCUUGCUUUCCAAACCCUUGAUUAUCUUGGUCCCCCUCCUCUGCACACAUUCCAGCUUGUCAAUAUCCUUCUUAAACUGUGCUGACCAGAACUGGGCAUAAUACUCCCGAAGGGGUCUGACCAAUGGAGAACAACAAAGUUGUCCUAUUAUUUCCCUUGAUGUGGGCAGUGGGGUAAUGCUUGUUCUUUCUUCAGACGUUUUAAUCACUUAGGAAGCUGCCUUAUACAGAGUCAGACCAUUGGUCCACCUAUCUCUGUUAGCCUAGAGCAGGCAUCCCCAAACUUCGACCCUCCAGAUGUUUUGGACUACAAUUCCCAUCUUCCCCGACCACUGGUCCCAUUAGCUAGGGAUCAUGGGAGUUGUAGGCCAAAACAUCUGGGGGGGGCGCAGUUUGGGGAUGCCUGGCCUAGAGGCAUUCCUAGGCAAUCUCUGAGAUGCCAGAGAUUGAACCAGGCCCUUCCUCAAAUCACUGUACAGAAAUAUUUAUUGGUGAAAAGGAGGGCAUAUAGAUAAUAAGUUUGGUUGUUCUCGCCAAGGGUGCAGCAACAACUUAAAAGUGCCCUGGCUAUGGCUAACCUUACUUUUUAUUAUUAUGAUUUAUCACAUUUUUAUUCCCCCAAGGAACUCAAGACUUGAUGCAUUCCUCCCCCACCCCAUUUAUUUCCUCACAAGAACUCUGUGAGGUGUGAUAGGCCUUACUAUUCCAUUCACAGGAGAAUAUAUAUAUAUAUAAUCAAAAGAAAGACAUGCCAAUAUUGUCUCUGUUUUGACAUAUCAUUCAAACACAGGGACGAGAUCGUUCCUUAGAGACAAGCCGUUAAAUUGCAAACCUACAAAGAUUUAUUGACCAUUUUAUUAGCUGAGCGUGGAAAGAUUCAGCUCAAUGGUGUUUCCCAGCCUGUUGUCCAAUAACUUUAAAAAAAUUAUGUUGGUGUCAUUUUUUGAGUUACACAAUUCAUUCUCCAGGAGCUGAAAUGGAUUUGCCCACCUUCAAAUAAUCUUGUGUCGAAUAUUCACUGGAUAUUCUCUGAAUAUUCACCAAAUACCGGCCUUGACACCUGACAAGAUUUGAGGGGGUCUCUCCUGCUGUCUCCCAAGGCUAGGAGACCUGUGGCCUUCCCGAUGUUGCUGGUCUACAACUCUCAUCGUCCCUGACCAUUGACCAUGCUGGGUGGAGCUGAUGAGAGCCAGAGGUCAACAACAUCUGGAGGACCAAAGGUCCCCCAUUCCUGAUCUACCUAACCUACUUUCUCCAGUUCCCAGCAUGCACUCUGACACACCCUUAAAGCCCAAGAUUCCACCAUAUGCUAGGAUCACACCUAGAAACAGAAUGUGGGCAGAGCUAUGCAGAUUUGAGGGCAGGGCUAAGCCAUCUGAGAGGUGGGGCUAUUCAGAUCAGGGGUGUGGCAUUCAGUGGUUUCCAUCCACCAGCCAGAUACAUCUGUAUCUGGUUUGCUUUGGAGAAACUGGACAGGCAUUUUACAUAUGGCGGAAGUUUCUUUUUGAGUCCCCAUCUGCUUAUCCCCCUGAACAUUUUCUUCAGCUUCAUACUUAGUUCCGGAGUAUAUAAAAUCAUUUCUUUUAUAAUCCAGUUCCUAAAUCCUUUCCCUUUGUUAUAUGUUGGGUGUGGCCAAGAAAUGGAGCCAGAGAGGAGCCGUUCAGAUUUUAAAAAAUGGAGCUAUUAUGUAGAUCAGGGAUGGGGAAAUUCAGUCCUGUUGGCCUGAUUAGCAAUGCCAUUUGGGGAAAUCCAAAACCAGCUGCAGAGGCUGAUUUAGGGCAGUGUGACCAGUUCUACCGCUAGGGUUGCCAGACUCAAUAGAGGACAGGACUUCUGUGCCUUUAAUUGCCCUGCUCUCUUUUGA